GCCCCGAAUCUCACGAUGGGAUCAACAGCACGUCACUAUCUGCUGAGCCAGGCGCUGAUCAGCGAUAGGUGGACUGUUUGGGGCGCGGGGCACGGUACAGGCCCCCUGACCCCUGGACCGACUAUCUAAACAGCUCGGGAUCAAAAUACGAGUGGCGGCCGCGGCAGUCGGGCAGAUAGUGCCUGAGCCGCCCUGUGGACAGUGGAUCUUCGUUUUACACGAAGGUGCUCAUUGCUCAGUGGGUCUCGGUGAUACGCAUAAGGAUACUCUGCAUUUCUGUCCUGUGAGAGAAGACACGACUGCUCCUUUUCACCAGAGAACCACAUGAGAUAGAGAACCUAUACUCUGCUGCUAUACAGUGCUGUUAAAUAUCGCGCAGCCUAGUGAACUUCCCCGCCGCCGUUCUGGAAGACUGCCUGCUGUUAUAAAGGUGUGUAGUGAAAUUUUGACCUCCUCGGAGAGACUAACAGUUCGGCCGGACGCGUCGGGAGAAGUAUCGUCCCCACGCGCGCGCCGGCUGUAGCCAUGUCCGGGGUGUCCAGCUGCCGUUUCCUGUCGCUUCUGCUGGUACUGUACCUGGUCACGACGGCCUUCUUCCUGCUCUUCAUCCAGCACACGUCCGAGCGCCACCUGCUCGCCAACCACGCGCCCCGCUCGCCUCUGCUGGUCAGGCGCGCCCAGGCGCUCAACGGAGAUCCACCGCCCCUAGCGCGGCGAGGGUCAGAGAGGGAGAGGGUGGAGUUCAAGAGGCGACCGGCAGACGACGAGCGGCCAAGGGCUGGUAGGGCAGCCAGCAGUCAGGGAAAGCAUGAUGAGGCCAGGGCUUCUCAGAAGACAGUCAACGAGACUGGUAAAAAGUCCUCCAAAGUUCAGCGGCCUCUGAUUCUGUUCUGGACCCCGCUGUGGGGCCGUUUCGAUAGCUGGUCGCGGUUCUUCAGCGUGCCGCGUCUGGGCGAUUGCCGCGCGCGCUGCUCCUUCACCAGCCAGGAGGACCGACUGCCGGAGGCGGCUCUGGUGCUGUUCUCGGCGGCCGACCUGCCGCGGACGCCGCCGCCGCUGGAGGGCGGUCGGCCGGAGCGGUUCCCCGGCCAGCUGUGGGCCCUGUUUGCGCCGGACCCGCCGCCGGCCGAGGGGCGGCUCCAGCCCCACCAGGUGGACGGCCUCUUCAACUGGACGGUCAGCUACCGGCAGGACGCCGACGUGCCGCUGCAGUACGGCCGGGUGGUGCCGCUGGCCCGGAGAGACGGCCGGGCUGCGGCCGCCACCGUCCGCCCCCCAGACGGCCGGCGCGCCCUGUUCCGUCCGCAGCAGUGCGCUACUCCGAGCCGGCGCGAGGACUACGUGCGUGAGCUAAGCAGACACAUGCCAGUGGACGUGCUGGGGCCGUGCGGCGGCGGCGCGCCAUGCGGCCCGGCGCCGCAGUGUCUGGCAGCGCACGCCGCCAACCACACGUUCUACCUGGCGCUGGAGGCGGCCCACUGCGCCGACUUUGUGUCGGCGCGGCUGCACCAGGCGCUGCGGCACGGCCUGAUCCCAGUGGUGCGCGGUGGCGCCGAUUACGCCCGCCUCGCGCCCCCCGACUCCUUCAUCGACGUUGGCGAGUUCGCCGGCCCGGAGGCGCUGGCGCGUCACCUGCGCUCUCUGAGCGGCGCCCAGGUGCGGCGGCUGCACCGGUGGCGGGUCACCCACCAGGUGCUGUCGGCCAACUGGGCGUGCGACGUCUGCACGCGCCUGCACCUGCUGGCCUCCAAGGGGGAGCGGGUGCCUGCGCACAGCGGCGACCGGCUGGCCGACUGGUGGGAGCGGGGCCGCUGCACAGGACAGAGUGUGACGCCGCCGGCAGCGUGAGCAGACCGGGCGCCCCUCCGAGAACAGGUGAAGCGCAGACGAGCCCUGAUCCCGUACAAUAGUGUGAUGUGAUAGUGUGGGUGUUGUGAGUGCUUCAAAGAGCGAUCAGCGAUGACGCGCAUGUUUAUUACAAGGCUGGCAGUCUCAGCAAAGCGAGUCACAAGAAAAACGCAUUAAUCGACUGCUUUGUCUUCCUUCGGGGGUGCAACGAAUGUUCGUGAUGUGUUGUGGCGCCAUGUUGGCUCUCGUCAAGUGCCUCGCAAUCUGCUUUUACCUACUGGCUGUUAUGCUGAGUAAAUACUGAGAUGCAUUUAUGUAGGUACACUCUGCAUUCACGGGUACAUAAAUAUGAAGAAAUACCUCACAGUAGGCACCCGGUAUCUUGA